UUAUUACAGUACAAUUGCAGGAGGUACGAAAAAUUUGUUCAUGCAGGGACUGUCUAAUUGAUUAGCCCUUGAUCUCAGCAGAACUGCCAUGGCUGCCUCCAAGGUAGCACAAAAGCUAUCCAGUAUCGCCUCAUCAUGGCCUGUUGACCCAUUUCGUCCAAAUAUUCAACUCAAGAAUUUCCUGAAAUCCCUCUCUGCGCACCCUAAGCUAACCUCUGAGGCUGUCCAGGCGGCACAGUUGCUGCGGGUCAAUGCCAUACAGAAUAAGUACGCACUGUCAAUCAAAACACUUCAGCCGGCUUCUAUGCCAAAACACUACGAGCGGCUUGUAGAAGGGUAUGAAAGGAGCGCGAGAGGCGCCGGGAGACCACGGUGGAAAAUAUUCUUUGGAAUAUGGAAAUAAUCAUGAGAGCAACCGCUUUGCGACCUUUCGCUUCUGCUCGCCUGCAGAUGUUCCCGCGUGAGUUUGAUAUACUGUGCGGUGGGACGGAAGGCAUUACUUACUAGAAGCUCGAAAGCGUGUAUAGAAUGACCCUUGAAUAGUACCUAGGCUAACCUGAGAAUGCAAGUUCUGCACUAAACCAAAUCAAAAUCCCAGGUUGACCAUCCAACACUUCUGCCCUAGGCAGGCCUUUGGCAGGGAAAAGCAGUUGUUCCAUCUAUUAAGGUUCAACACUGAAAUCCUCGGAUCCAUCCUGGACCAUCCAGGCUUAGUCUUAGACUUAUCAACAUUGUUUGAACUAUUUCACCAUCAGUCCGCUGAUCGAUCUUGCUGUCAUUAUAUUUAACAUGGCGCUUUGCGGAUCUGCAGGUUAUGUUAGAAAUUUCAAUUUCACCUCAUUAAACCCCAGA